UUCAAAUUCAUGAGUGCGCUUUUCUUCCCGGAGACCGUCCCGUCGAGAGAGACAGGGCUAAACCGCCUCUGCUACGCUCAGAAGAGACUCCUUCAUGAAGAACAACACACCAGAUGUCUUUUCCCAUCAUUUCGGGUUGUGUUUCUUCGUGCUGUAGCGGAGCGGGACCCGCAGGACUGACGAACAUCGCCGGGCUGGUGUUGUUGUUUUUACCGAGCAGCAGCCACCAUGGCUGAGGAAGACAGUGAGUGGAUUGUGGAGAGCAUCGUUGGCUACCUGGGGAGUCCCGAGUGGGUCAUUCCUGUCUCGGACUUCAUGGAAAACAAAUGUACAGUGUUUGAUGAUGAAGAUGAGAAUAAGUUAUCAUACACAGACAUCCACCUGCAGUAUAAGAAAUUGGUGGAGACUCUGCUGGGGAAUUACAUGCAGGAGGUUGGCAUCAACGAGCAGCAGUUUCUGGACGCAUGCACCUCUCCUUUUGCCAAGACCAAAACCCUGCAGUCGGUGUUCCAGCCAGUUCUGGCUACAGAUGACUUCCAGAUGUUUCGCUCACUGAUGGUCCAGAAGAACACGGAGCUGCAGCUUCAAGCCCUCAGUGUCAUCAAAGAAAUGAACGGGGCCCUCCCAGAGUGUCUGACCGACGGAGUGGACGUGAUGACGGAGCUGCAGGAUCAGGAGAUGAAAAUCCUGCAGGAGGUUCUCAAGAAGUCAAAAGAUGAGUAUGAUAAGGAAAUGUCCAGGAGGCUGCUUUUAGAGCACAAGGUUGGCAGCAGCUCUGAUAAGCGAUUGGCAGAAAGCAGCGAAGCCCAAAAUACCUCCUCUGCCGCCAGCCAACCGAGCGGCGCUGCCAAGGCCAAAGCGGAGGGGAGAGGUGACAGCAGCCAGAGUAACGGUCACCAUGCCCCCCCACUAGUGAACGGAAACACAGUCCCUGAGGCUAAUCUGCUCAACAGCAGACCUGUCACAACCGAUGAGAGAAAGACGUCAGCUCGAGGAGGUGGAGAGAAGAAAAGUGCAGCCAAGAGCAGCUCCACUUCUAAACCCUCCGCAGAUUGCGGCAGUAACGGUGUGGAGUCCAGAGUCCUUCCUGCAGUGAGACCUCCAGUGAAGUCUGGUGAGCCCCCCCUCAGUGCAGGGUCCAGGGAGCAGAGCAGCAGCCUGACCCCCCCCGAGGGCUGGCUGGAGGAGGCUCACAGGGAGGCCGGCUUCUCCAAGCCAUACACCGAGUUGUCAGUGUCUCAGCAGGAGCAGCUCCAGCAGAGGGCAGCAUAUCUGCGACAGCAGAGAGACAAGCUGCACGCUCUGAAAAAAGAACAGCAGAAACCCAAACAGACCAUCGUACCAGAGGAGGCUCCCGCUGUCGUUACCCCGGAGGCAGUGGGGCAGUCCCAGAGUAACGGGGUCUGUACCCCCCUACCUCCUCCUGCUCCUCUUGCUCCAGCACAGCACUCUGCUCACUCCUCCAAACAGAAGGAGAUAUCUGCUGAGGAGAAGAAGAAACUCCAGAAGAGAAAACAUCUGGCUGACAAACUGAAAGAGGAAGUCAUCAAGAAAUAACUUCCCCUCCAACUGCAAUAUUCUCAUGUAUAGCCUAUCUGAUCCAAUCCUUUCUAAACAAGCUUCCUCUACUCUGCCUCCUUCAGCCCAUUAUUCACCUUGCAUAACACAGAUCAGGUUUUUACCCAAAGAUACCAAAAUAAUCAGAUCUUCCUUUUCAAAAUUGUUCCAUUGUUGUCUCCAGAGGAGGAAGGUACAUGUUUUUAUAUUUUGUAUGUGUCAGUCACUAAUAAGAGCACACCCAAGUAUUCUCUCACACACACACACACACACACACACACACACACAC